AUGAGUAGUGAUGAUGAACGGAACCGUCCUGGAAACUCAGUUGCCGGAUUGUCUAACCUUCAAAUGCGUGCUUUGAAUGAUUCUAAGUCUAAUAUGUUGAACGUAGGUUUAGAUCAGAUCCAUCAGAGGCUUGAUGAGCUCCAGGCCAGCCAAGCUCCUUCUAGAGCCGGAGCAAGAAGAGACCGUCCGCGUAGGAACACUCGGUCUGACGAUGAGAUCCGAGAGGAGGAUGAUCAAGAGGACGAGGCCAGAUCAGCAUACCGUCCAAGAAGAGGUCCUAGAACCCGAGAUCCAGGUGAUGCCAAUCCUUUUGCUAGAAAUGAACGUACUAAUGAUAGCCUAAGUGGAUUGAAACUAAAAAUCCCACCUUUUGAGGGUAAAAAUGAUCCUGAUAUUUUUCUUGAAUGGGAAAGAAAAAUUGAAUAUGUCUUUGAUUGUCAAAACAUUUCUGAACUUAAGAAAGUUAGACUAGCUGUUACUGAAUUCUCUGGCUAUGCUAUUAAUUGGUAUGAUCAAGUUGCGACCCUUAGGAGGAGAACAGGUGAGAGACCGAUUGAGACAUGGGAUGAGUUUUCCAUGCUGAUGAGGAGACGAUUUGUUCCUGCUCAUUAUCACCGAGACCUCCACCAGAAACUCAGACGCUUGCUUCAAGGCACUAAGUCCGUGGAAGACUACCACCAGGAGAUGGAAACUUUGAUGAUCAAGGCUGAUGUAGACGAGCCCAGGGACGCCACUAUGGCUAGGUUCCUCUCUGGGCUUAACCGAGACAUCCAAGACCGUAUGGAGCUUCAAGAGUAUGGUAGUGUGGAACAGAUGCUACACAAGGCCAUCUUGAUCGAGCAACAAGUUAAAAGGAAGAGUUUCUCAAAGCCGGCCAUUACCUCUAAACCGGCCUACUCUCCUAGACCGGCUUUUGCUCCUAAGCCAAGCUACCAAGACAAAGGUAAGUCUUCUUCCACAACACAUAAUGCUUUUAAAACUGAUGUCCCUGCUCGUGAUGACAAAGGAAAGGCAGUUGAUACUUCUGGCCGAGCAAGAGACAUUAGGUGUUUCAAAUGUCAAGGUCUAGGACAUUUUGCCAAAAACUGUCCCAACCAACGAGUGAUGAUUCUUACCGAGAAUGGAGACGUUGAAUCUGAGGAUGAGCAGGAGAACAAAGAAGAUCUUCGUCCUAUCUUUGAUGAAGAGGACGAGUCCUUUGGAUAUCCGCAUCAAGGGCCACUACUCGUUGCUAGGAAAGGCAUGGUCGAGUCUAUUUUCGAUGAGACGGACGACCGCUUGGUCGAUGGUUCCGACCCAGCCUUUGAUGAUGAGUCCGACCCGAUCUAUGAUGAGGAGCCUUGCUUCGACUAUCCAGCUCAUGGUCUUCUACUUGUCACAAGAAGAACUCUGAGUGUCCAACCCAAAAACAAUGAAAAGGAACAAAGGGAGAAUCUCUUUCAUUCUCGAUGUUUAGUUUUUCUGAAAAGGUUGGAAUGGCUAAACGAGGCUGGAGAACAGUAUGUGAAAGAGCAAGUCACUGUCCCUAUUACCAUUGGCCGAUAUGAGGACAAGGUCGUUUGCAACGUUCUUCCUAUGGACGCAUGCCACAUUCUCUUGGGCCGGCCAUGGCAAUUUGAUAAAAGAGCCGUGCAUGAUGGCUUCACAAACCGACACUCCUUUGAUCAUAAAGGGAAGAAGAUCACGCUUGUUCCUUUGACACCUUUGGAAGUUCAUCAAGAUCAGAUCCAGCUCAAGAGGAACCGUGACAAGGAAACCAAGCCAGAUGAACCUGAAUCAUCCCAACGGAACUCCAAUUUCUAUAUCAAACAAAGUCAGGUCAAGAGAUCUCUUUACUCUCAAAAGCCAUUUCUUUUACUUGUGUACAAAGAAUCUCUUAUGGCUUCUUCUUCUGACCUUGCACCGGAGAUUCCGAGUGAACUUUUAGAUGUUUUGCAGAAGUAUUCUGAUGUUUUUCCAGAUGAGAAUCCUAAGGGAUUACGCCCAGUACGAGGCAUUGAGCAUCAGAUCGACCUUGUUCCAGGCGCGUCUUUACCAAACCGGCCAGCUUACCGUACCAAUCCGGUAGAGACCAAAGAACUUCAGAAACAGAUUGGUGACCUUCUUGAGAAAGGCUACAUCCGGGAAAGCCUCAGUCCUUGUGCCGUUCCUGUCCUUCUCGUGCCCAAAAAGGAUGGUUCUUGGCGCAUGUGUGUGGACUGCCGUGCCAUCAACAACAUCACGGUAAAGUAUAGGCAUCCCAUCCCUAGACUAGAAGACAUGCUUGAUGAGUUGCAUGGAUCAUGUCAUUUUGAUGUUGUCUACUUUGAUGACAUUCUUGUCUAUAGCAAAAACCUUGAAGAUCAUAAGAUGCAUCUCAAAUCUGUUCUUGAAGUUCUUAGGAAAGAAAAACUCUUUGCCAAUCUUGGUAAAUGCUCUUUUGGAACAGAUCACGUGGUGUUCUUAGGUUUUGUUGUAGGUGCUGAUGGACUUAGAGUGGACGAGGAGAAAAUCAAAGCCAUCCGAGACUGGCCAAGUCCUUCGACCGUGGGCGAGGUAAGAAGCUUUCAUGGUCUGGCCGGUUUCUAUAGACGGUUUGUUCCGGACUUCAGUUCCAUUGCUGCUCCUCUGACUGAAGUGAUCAAGAAGAACGUCGGUUUCAAAUGGGAACAAGCCCAAGAAAAAGCUUUUCAGAUGUUAAAAGUGAAGUUGACUCAUGCUCCUUUACUUGUACUUCCUGAUUUUUCUAAAACUUUUGAGAUUGAAUGUGAUGCUUCCGGAGUUGGGAUUGGUGCUGUCUUAAUGCAGGAUAGGAAACCCAUUGCUUACUUCAGUGAGAAGCUUGGAGGUGCCACACUCAACUACCCCACCUAUGACCAGGAGCUAUAUGCUUUGGUGAGAGCUCUCCAAACGUGGCAACACUAUCUUUGGCCUAAGGAGUUUGUUAUCCACACGGACCACCAGUCCAAGAGACACGCAUGUUGGGUUGAGUUCAUUGAGACAUUUCCUUAUGUUAUCAAGUACAAGCAAGGUAAGGAAAAUGUUGUGGCUGAUGCUUUGUCCUGA